AUGAUAGAACAAACUUCUAUCGAGCAAUUCGACGAGCCUCGUGUGAGACUGCAGGACGAGGAGAUCGCCCACUACUUCGCACACUACCUGAAGACGCUGGCUCCGUGGUAUGACCUAAACGACCUUGACCAAGCCUUCAAAAGUAUCGUGGGAAGCAGAGCUCAACAGAGCUCCUUGCUGCUCAGCGCCAUCAUUGCAUUUGCAGCUAUACAUAAGAGUCGCACGUCUCACGAUGUGCCCAAGUCGCUGCCAGAAAAACAUCAUGCUCACUGCUUGCGUCUUUUGAUCGGACUCACCGAAACAGCCCCAGCAAUCAAGGACGGGACAGCCUUGGCUGCAACGUGUCUGCUGCGAUCGUUUGAAAUCCUUGCAGAGGAGGAGGAUCCUAAUCGCCACCUUUUCGGGGCAUUCUCAUUAAUACCAUCUCUGUCUUCUAACCUGCCAGAAGAACCGCUGCUCAGGGCCGGUUUAUGGAAUUAUCUCCGCGAAGAUAUCACCUUCUCGCUCAUCAACCGCUGUCCCUUGAAAAUCGAGGUUGGAGCAAUAGACAUCGAACUGCAUCGCAAUGACGAUUAUGCAAAUCAAAUCACAAUCCUUUUGGCCCGUGUCAUCAACGCCGUUUUCGCGGGAGAUUCAGACCUUUUUGUCGGCUUACAAUCAGCCGUCAGUGCUUGGAAUUCAGCUGUACCAUUCAAGCCUUACCAUGAGUACCACCAAGGCGUAUUUCCCAAAAUCCAGAUGGUCGAGGAUUGUCACGGUGAGCUGAUACACUGGGACUUUGAAGCACACGCCCGCACCAUAUGUGGGAUGGCCUUUUCUGCCAAUAGUGACCCUGUCGUUGUAAACUCAUAUGGUCCAAUCUGUUAUAGCGCACAAUGGUUAUCGAGAGACGACGCUCGACGGGAAUUGGUCAACCGCCUUCUGGAUAGCCAAAAGAGGACCGGUUGGCCCGUUCAACACAUAAUCAAGAAGCUGAACCGGAACUGGGCCGGAGGGGUAGGGGAAUGA